ACUAUAGUCUGUGCUCCUAACCUCACCUUUCAGCUUAAGAAUACGAAGGGUCGACUCCGUUUCGAAAAAUGUUAGUUUGCAAAUUAAUAUCUAUACCUAAAUGUGCCAUUAAAUCAUUUACUUUCAAUUGUCCAAAAAAUGGUUAUGCGAAACCGGCUGCAAGCGUGAGUAUGUUAGGCGGUAGCCUUAAAAAGAAAAAAUUAGGCAAGCUGGGGCCCACAGUAGAAAAAAGAGUUUUACCAGUGGAGACGGAUCCUGAAAAAUUGGUGAAUUACCUAUGUGGUUCAAAUAUUUAUAAAACAGGGGAAGAUAUUAAAUUGUUGCCUGACAGCGAGUAUCCAGAGUGGCUUUGGAAUGUAAGGACAGGUCCUCCUCUCCAGUUAGAUGAUUUGGAUCCAAAUUCAAAAGCUUAUUGGAGAAGAAUAAGACGCAUGGGAAUUAAAAGGCAAAAUCAGCUUUCAAAGUUAAAAAAAUUCUAACUCUCAUUAGACUACUUUUAUUAAAUAUUUUAUUAUAAAUAUAUAAUAGGUCGUGUCUCAAACUCUUAAAUUGCUUCUUAAUUAAUUAUUUUGUAGUCUAAAUUUUCUAAAAUAUUAAAAAAUGUGGAUUUGAAUUUCUUUAAUUAACCUGACAAUACUUGUUCCUUUUACAUCUGCAAUUAAUUUAACUAUAGGUGUUAUAAUUCUUUCAGUAUGUGUCAGAAAUUUAUAGAUGCAAUAGUUGUGUUAAGGACUUAGAUCCUAAAGAAUAGUAGACGAACUUACAGAUUCUCAUUUAAUCAGAUGUAAAAAGUAAAUAAUUGAUUUUAACAAUUUUGUCAAAACCAAAUAUGAUAAUAAACAAGAUAGUUUGUGCAAGGUUAUAUUUUGGACAUCAAAAAAAUGAUCACCCCCAUUUUGUUUACAACUGAAGCUAUCAAGCUAGUAGCUAUAUGACUGAAGCCAUCUGUAGAACAUUCACAAUAAUUAUUGUAUAUGAUUUGACAAUUCAGCGGAAGCUGGCUUCUUAGAGUUUCGUUCGGUUGCCAGCAUAGGUAAAUAAUAUCUCGGCUUAAUUCUAAAAAGUUAACCAAUUAAACCGGUAAACAGAUACAAUCUCUGCAGUAUGUGUGCAUGUAUUUUUUAUAAGAUAAAAAUUGCUGUUAAAAGGCAAUUAGGCAAAACAGGCAAUCUUUUUAAGCGAAGUAUACUUAAUUAUUUUAGGGGAAUUUUGUUUUUAAAAGGUGUUUUUUAACUUUGGAGAUUUAAUAUGAACAUACUUUUUAAUGUUGGAUCAUUUUUCAUAAAUGUUUAAACAUACCACCCAUAUAACUUGUGGGUGUGUAAGGAAAUUCCGUCGCAAAAAUA